AUGAUUACGCCGCCGCGGCCUGCCGCUCAGGUCCGGCCGAAUCCCGACGACGAUGUAUUCGGACCUUCGCAUGAGCCCAACUAUUCCCCAAUGUCGUUCCACCUGCCCCGGAAGAUGUCGGCGUCGCCAUCUACCCUCGCUACCUCAGCCAGCGAUUCGCCGCCAAAGAUUCCGCCAAAGUCGAGGGCCCGGUCUCAGACGUCAUCCAGCGCGAGCGCAGAGAGGAUGAAGGAGCGAAUUGCCGGCGCCAUGAUGGAGGUCGACAAGCUCCAGCGCGAAAUCGAGCUAGUCAUGGAGCGUCAGAGCAUCUACGCCAGCAGCCGGCCUUCGACUGCUCAUUCGAUGGCACUGACAGCGCACGACGUGGAACCCAUCCCCACGGUCCCCGCCCUCCCGCCAUCCGCACCCUCCUUUGCCGAGCGCCUUAACCCCGGGGCCGAGCGCCCUCACACGGCACCACCCCGGCCGCCAGUGCACAUUCCCCACCGCGGCAUGGCCUUCGCCGACGCCUCGGCCGCCUUCAUCACCCCACCCCCGAGCCGCGGCAGGGAAAGCAGCCGGCCCCCGCCGCCCCCUCCACUGCCCCUCGUUCUGAGGCCCCCAUUACGCAAGAAGAAAUCAUUCUCCCGCGUCUCCAGCUGGCUUUUCCCCGGCGGUAGUGGUGCAGCAGAGCCGCACCACCACGGACGAAGCAUCAGCCACGAUUCCAUCACUAAUUUUCCCCGCCCCGUCAAGGGCCGCGAGGGCUUCUACCAAUGUGUCCAUGCGCCGCGGGACAGGCGCACGAGCGUGGACACGGUGUCGACUGUGUCGACGUGGGAGUCGGACGACGGAGGCCAGACGGUCCCGACGACGUGGUCGCCAGGCAGCACUCUCGCCACCAGAGCGGAGGACCAGCUGCCUCUGGAGCGCGUUACCACCUUUGGGAAGAAAAAAGAUGCCGGUGGUCCUAGAAGGACCGGCUUCGCGGCGGUCUUUUGA